AAUAAUAAUAAUAAUAAUACAUUUUAUUUGUGAGCGUUUUUCUGAAUACUCAAAGACACUUUACAUAAAAUCAUAAAAGCAGCAAAAACAACAUCAAAUGGUAAAAACACUAGAAACACAUCAAACUUAACUACACAUUAAAAGCAAUUUUAAAAUGGUGAGUUUUAGUCAAUGAUUUGAACGCUAGAAGGUCGGUGCAGUCACGGAUUUGUUUUGGGAGAGAGUUCCAAAGUGAGGGGGCAGCUAUAGAGAAGGCUCUGUCGCCCCAGGUUCGAUGCUUUGUCCUGAGAGGUGGAGUCAGGAGGUUGGCGUCAGAUGAGCGAAGGCUACGGGAUGGGUUGUGGUGGUGAAGCAGGUCAGUGAGGUAGGAAGGGGCCUGGUUAUGAAGGGCUUUUUGUGUGAGGAGGAGGAUUUUGAAUUGAAUUUGUUGUGGGACCGGAAGCCAAUGGAGGUUCUGGAGGACAGGGGUAAUGUGGUCACCGGUGCGGGUGUGAGUGAGCAGAUGAGCAGCAGAAUUCUGGAUGUACUGGAGUUUAUUUAAUGUUUUGGUUGAGGUACCGUAUAGGAUGCUGAUGCAGUAAUCGAUUCUGCAGGUGAUGAAGGCGUGGAUGAGGAUUUCUGCAGCGGAGAAAGAGAGUGAUGGGCGAAGUCUGGAGAUGUUUUUGAGGUGAAAAAAGGCAGUUUUGGUGAUUUGUUGUAUGUGGUGUUCAAAGGAGAGGUUAUUGUCAAAAAUAACUCCAAGGUUGCGACUUUGAAGGGAUGGAGACACUGUAUUGGUGUCAACAGUGAGUGAAGUUGGAUAUGAAUGUUAAAAGAUGAUCUGUUCAUUUUGAAUCAUAGUGACAGUAUAUAUCUUUUUUACAUUCAAAUUAUUUUCAUAUUUCAGAUGCCCAAGUAUGGGGGCAUAUAAGCCCUUGAGACCGAGGAAUGAUACAGCAUGGGGGUUCAGGGGUAUCUCCUGAGAGAACAUGUAGAAAAUGUAAAAGUCUGAAUGGACCAUUUUUAUUGUCUUUCAUCCAUGUCAGAGAUAAUGACAUCUGAAUAAUUUCACAAAAGUAGAACAAAAAUCUCUUUGUUUAUUAUUAAAGGCUUGUGACAUGCAGAUUAAUAAAACUAAAUUCAGAAAGAAAAAACUUGGUCUAAAGGUGCUCUGGAAACACGAUAACUUAUGUGCACCUAAUGUUUACUCACAUACGGGGAAAAGAGGAAACACAUGAAGAGUGGGACAGGGCAUAAAUGAUGCGUGUUCAGUACUAGGGAAAAAUAUUCAAGAAUACAGUGCAGAAACAUCAGACAUGAUGUAACCGGUGCUGUUGUUUUGUCGCGCUGAUCACUAGAGACGAUGAUAGGGUGCAACCAUACUCAUGACAUCUUGCGGUCCGUAUGGAGUCAGUCGGGGGUCCGGACCCGGAACGCGGUGACUGGCAUAGCGGGGACAUAAGCAACUGAAUACAGUCUGAGGCUGUGGUUUACAAGCGGUUCCCAAUGCUAGGGAACCGCUUGACCUCUUGCUGCUGUCAAUUCUUCAAUCCACCUCGCGAGCAUGGCGCUCGACUUUUAUAGGAAGAAAUUGAAAGUGCUCGCUCACCACACACCUGUCGAAACGUACGAUAAGAAAGCUGAACUGCUUGCGUUUUUAGCAACACACACCUGAUAAUCUAGAUGUAGAACCAAGGGCGAGUCUAGCCCCUUUUUAGGGGUGCUUCAGCACCCCUAAGAAGGAGCUCAGCAACCCUAAAACUUGGAGUAAGAAAUGUUGUUAUUCUUAAAAUUUGUUCGUCUUUGACAAGGUUAAAUAAUGUCCAAAACAUACUCCGUAGUUUGUGGUUUAAAAUGUAUGUGUUAAGGAUGAAAAUGAAAACACCCCCGCUUAGCAAAUGGUAUCAUCCUCUUCUCUUCUUCUACUUCUCCUCUGUACCUGCACCGCUCAGCACGACCGUCAUCCAGCGCGAAACACACACAGAGGGAGAACCCGUUAUGUAGUGUUGUGAAUCAACUAAGUUGCUCCAAAGCUGUGUCUCACACUUCUUUCCUUUUACCUAGAGUUGUUCCGAUUCCGAAACCAUAUCGGUGAGUACUGGAGUCAGUAUCCUGAAUCACCAUAGUACACCUAUAAUAAGUGUUUAUUUUCAGACUAUUUUAGUCCAGCGGGUCACCGCCGCUGUGGAGUAGCACAGGACCUGGGUGACUCGUCCAUAGUCAUAAACGGAGAGAAGUAGCGCCGGUUACAAUGUUCUUCCGCAAGACGCGUGCAGUUCUGUUUAUUAACUGCUGGAGCGUGAAACAAAAACAGCAGCGCGACAAAUAAACUGCGUACAUGUGUAGUGCGUACGUGUGUCUCUGUUGGUAAAGUUUAUCGUUAAUUUGAUACUCAUUUUAACAAUCGGGAGUCAUGUAAACAUGACAUCACGUGCGUCUUUUCUGGUCAGUCGUCAUGGAAACAUGAAGCCCUGGCGUUUGGACCAGAGUAAAACAAACAUAUCACUGUAUACCACCAGUAUGUGUGAAAACACUCACUGUGGCUUUUUAAAUGAAUUGUUAUUCAUUCCUAGAUUUAUAUCUGUUAUUUUUCAGUUGUGGCUGACUAUCAAACUAGACAAUAAAAGAAAGUUUAAUGUUUUGCUUUUGCUGUAUUUAUUCAUUCCUCACACACAGAGGAUUUAACCUGAACCAGGCUGAACUCCUAGCAUUACUCUCUCUCUCUCUCUUUCUCUCUCUGUGUCUGUGUGUGUGUGUGUGUGUGUGUGUGUGUGUGGCCUGCCAGUGAGCAAUGGACAUACGACAGUUCUUUAAAAGAAAAAAGACAGAUUCAGGUGAGAGACUAGGGACAGUCCAUAAUGACCUCUGUCUUGUUUUUUUUGUUCUUCUGAAAAGUGUUAAGCUAAAGUAACAGAUAAUGCAAACCAGCUAUCUGUUGUUGUAUCAAAUUACUUAUCUAGGCAAUGGUCCCCUGCUUUUAUUUAUUUUAUUUAUUUCAAACCCACAAUGGAGAAUACAGCUUCUCUUGUGAAAGGAAUUUGUGAUUUAAAAAAGUUUCUAAGCCCAAUAAUAAUAAUAAUAAAGACAUUUAAAAUAACACGCCUCUGUGUGCCUUUUGAUCAUAUCAUUAGAAUCUGUAAAUGGUCUCCAUGACAUUUUUGUGACAUGACAAACUGACCUCAACUCUCCUGCCUACAAUAUAUUUGUGUAGGAUUGUCAGUGCCAAGGGAAAGAGAGGGAGAUGGAGAAGGAGAAGGAGAAAGGGAAAGAGAGGGAGAUGGAGAUGGAGAAGGAGAAAGGGAAAGAGAGGGAGAUAGAGAGGGAGAUGGAGAAGGAGAAAGGGAAAGAGAGGGAGAUGGAGAAGGAGAAAGGGAAAGAGAGGAAGAUGGAGAAGGAGAAAGGGAAAGAGAGGGAGAUGGAGAAGGAGAAAGGGAAAGAGAGGGAGAUGGAGAAGGAGAAAGGGAAAGAGAGGAAGAUGGAGAAGGAGAAAGGGAAAAAGAGGGAGAUGGAGAAGGAGAAAGGGAAAGAGAGGGAGAUGGAGAAGGAGAAAGGGAAAGAGAGGGAGAAAGGGAAAGAGAGGAAGAUGGAGAAGGAGAAAGGGAAAGAGAGGGAGAUGGAGAAAGGGAAAGAGAGGAAGAUGGAGAAGGAGAAAGGGAAAGAGAGGAAGAUGGAGAAGGAGAAAGGGAAAGAGAGUGAGAUGGAGAAGGAGAAAGGGAAAGAGAGGGAGAUGGAGAAGGAGAAAGGGAAAGAGAGGGAGAUGGAGAAUGAGAAAGGGAAAGGGAGAGCAUGCAGGAAAAACCAGGUGAGGAAACAACAACAAUAAAUUGACAUAUAGUGAAUAGUGGCAAACAAAACAGUAACUACUCAUACUCCUAUACUAACUUAUUGGCAUUAAGUAGCCUAUAUUACAUUUACUUUUUGUAACAUUAUUUUACACCACAUUUUUUCAUAAUAAAGGAGGAGGAAAACAACAGGGAGAGUCCAUAAGGGAUGAGAGGGAAUUGACUAGUGAAAGAAAUGAAGAGACAGCGGGAGUGCAACAUAGAGACCACCAAGCCAAAGCAGCAGAGACAGAAGAGAGCUGUUCAGACUUAGGGGAUAAGGACACUGGUCCUAAACAGUUAAAGCUGUCUCAAUACCCUCAUACUCAGUUUGGCACACAAAAAAGAGCCUUUCAAGAACCAUUUUUUGUAAAUAAUUUACAGAAGAUGAAUUACAUUUUGUUGUCCAAGUACCUGUUACUUUGUUCAAUGACAAUAAAGUUGAAUCUAAUCUAACCAAUCUGAUGACUGUUGAUACAAAAGGAGGCACAUGGAGUUAACGGUCAGGAAAACCAGCUGAGUGAAGAAGUGUUUGUUACAGGGGGCUGUCUGUGUGAACUCUCACAAUUAAGCUGGUGCUCUGAAAAGGUCUAAAAAGAAGAAAAAAAUUCUGGAUUUUGGAGUUAGUUCAACCAAUGUUAAAAUGAUAAAGUUAUUUUUCAAUAGACAUAUUUUUUAUUUUUGUGUGAAAAGAGGGUGGGUGGUGGGGCAGUGGGGCUCAUUGGGUGCUCAGCACCCCUAAAGCUCUGACCCUAGAAUCGCCCCUGUGUAGAACACAGGCUAAAGAUUUCUCAAAAGCUUUUCAUCGAUACAGUGGAGUUUUUUGUUAUGAAAAAUAUAUAGAUUUAUAGCCCAGCCCUAUUCCCCUCUCUCUUAUAUUCUAACACACACAAA